UAUUCCCUUACUUUAUUUAAAUUUACAACAAUCACUUUAUUUCAUACAUUGGUUUCCGAAUUAUCACCCGAUUUAAAUCAGCACCUGUUGCCAACUUCACACGAUUCAGUUCCAUUGCGCGGGAUUGCGCCAAAAGUCAAAAAAUGUAGUCUGUUUUCGUGAAUUAGACAAUGUUUCGUGUAAUUAUUUCUAGUUUGUGAUUUUUUAUCUCCUUUAUGUAAGUACUUUCGGCCCCCGUGACGUAAGUACCGUUACAUUUUUUGUUAGGUUAAGUCAUGUCACUACACGACGAAAUCCCGGCUUUUUCCAUUUGGGAGACCUUAAGCGCGACAAUUCCGGCCCUAAUGAGCAUGAAACCGUCCGAAAAGAGCGCCGAACAUUUGGCUAAAAUAAUCAAAUCGGGGGAUUUCACAACCAUUUUCGUCUACAGCAGGGACCCCCUGAGCAGUCUUGACGACUACCGAAGGAUCGCCGGGAAGUACAAGUCCUUCACGACGUGGUUUCUCGGCCGCUUUUUCUACCUUCUGAGUUGCGAAAAGUUGUGCAAAAGUCACAAUGUUUACGUUGAGAUCCAGUUGUGUGUCUUGGAACAGCUAUCAAACACACAAUUGAGCGUUUACGAUGAGUUGGCACGGGACUAUUGCGAAACCCUGAACAGUUUGUGCCAUUUUGUCAAAUCCGGGCACAGCACCUUAACUCUCAACGUUUUUGUCCCCGAGAAAUACGCAGAUUUGUGCCAGAAAUUGAACCUCGAGCCGAUCGCUAUCGAAAUCAAUCAGAGAAACUUCCCCGAUUUUUUCCUCAAUUUGUUGAGGAUUGUUAAAUUUAUUUUGGGCCAAAGCGUAGAGUCUGACUGUUACACAAGCGCCACGUACCGGAAUUUGGACGAUUUGUUGUUUUUUCUUUCCUAUUCUUCAGUCGCCGUAAAAAUCGAAAUUCUAAAGAUUUAUCUCGAUUUGGCCAAAAAAUUCGACAAGAAGAACGAUUUCGGUGACUUAAUCCGGUUUAAAAUGGAGCUGUUCGGGCGAUAUUUCGAACAGUUAGUUUAUGAAAUUUACAAUUGUAAAAUAGCCACAAGUACAAAAGAAUUCCAAUCGUUUGAACUCAUCACGUUUGAGUUUUUCGGCCAGAAUUUGGAUACCCAAAUUUUCGAAAAAUUGAGCGAGUUUUUGCUCACCAAAACCGGCGAAAUUGCGCCAUCGGAGCCACUUUUGAAUUUUUGUAAACGCAAGAGGUGUACCCCCUUGUUUGGAGAAUACAAUUAUGAAAGUUUCGUCAAAACGGCCUUAGCUGAUUUCAAUACGUCGGUACUUUGUGGUUUUAAGUCAUUUUUGUUGACCCAAGUUAGAAAUAUAAGACAGGAGGCUUGUAAAAUCAAGUGUGUACAUUCGGACAAAUGGAAAAUUUUUCGUGGCCAAUUUAUGCAACAAAUUGAAGCCACCGAUUGCACUAAAGACUGUAAAAUACCCCAAUUUUUGAAAUUUCUGACCCACCUUGCAACAAUCCUUACCGAAGUCGCAAUCGAAAUGAAAAACUCGAAUUUGGAAUUUUUUGAGGAGAAAAUUUUCCUCAUCAAAAUCCUGGCACUCCUCAAUCGCCAUUUCGCCACGUGUGACAACAACGUGCCAAUGCCCUCAAUUUUCGACUGUUUUUUGAGUCUAGUCUUCGUUACCAGUCCCCCAAACGUUACUUUUUUCUUCGAUAUGUUUUCUUGUAUUUUUGUGCAAAAUCAACUCAGCUUUGGACACUUUCAAGGCACGAGCGAUUUCCCACGAUACAAAAAGGAAAUGACCGAAUUUUGCAAAUACGUCACUCGUUACGCCCCAAAGGACGUCGCGUUUGAAUACUUGAAUGAAUUUUUGGCGCGAAUUUCGAGCGGUUUUUUCGAAAUCGCCCAAAUUUACGAAAUUGAAUCAAACUUUAUGAAAAUCACCAAACAAAUGAAUAACGUGGGGGUUGUCAGGCAUUUAGCCCACAUUUUGACAAUCUUUCAAAACCCAGACCGGGUCAUUUCGGAAAUCCUCACACCGGCCCUUUCGUCAUCAAACGAACGGGUUUUGGAAGAAGUGACCGAAGCCCUGCCUGACAUUAUUUGCGUCUCGUCGAGUGAUUUUGUCAAACUGACACGAAUCGAAGAGUGUCAAGUCAAAAUUGACAUUUUUUGUAAAAAAUGUCAUGACUUGACAAGUGACGGAUUGAGUGUCACUUUUGCCAAAAUUGACGUCGAUUUGACAACUCUCCAAGGCGCCAUUUUGAAAAACGUCCUCAAAUUCCUCACUCUUGACAAUGCGGGCCUCAAAUCGAGAGCCUUGGAGGUGUUGCCGUUUUGCUCCAACCACAUCCUCAAAUUCCAUUCGGGCAACGUUGCCAAAAUUUGGGUCGAAAAAAUCGGCGAUUCUGACGAAAACGUGCGAAAAACGUUCGCGAAAGUGGUCCCAAAAAUUAUCAAGUGUGCGCAAGAGAAUCAAGUUUUGAGCGACACUACUAAAAGUGAAACAAUUGAAAUACUCUUCAAUUGUUUAUUGAGGCUUUGCAAGAGGAGUCUCCAAACUAGCGAUUUUACCUUGCAAGAGACACUCUUGUGUACAGUUGAGGAAAUUUGCAACGUUAGAUGCGAGAGAACUGUUUUACCAACAAUUCGAAUUUUGAUUUAUUUCAUCAUGGUGCCGACGUCCAAACAUUCGCUAAUCGCCGUAAAUAAAUUCUUCAAGUUGGCUGAGCUCCACGACACCACCCCCAGCCAACUUUACAAGCAAAACAAGCGCGAGAUGUGCGAACUGAUCGCACACUUGUGCAUUGUGAACCAGACUUUAGUAAAUUACCCACUCGCCACCUCGCUGUGUAAAAUCUCAACAACGCUAGAGUCUUACGGUUCUAAGGAUUUUGUCACUCUGGAGUGCCAACACCUGUUGCCGUUUUUCGUCCACAAGGCCAUUAAAAGCCCACUUGUGGGGAACUUGAUCGAGCAGAUGGCGCUGCUCAUCGACGUCGGUUUAACCGAACUGUUGGCCAGCAUCUACGGAAACAUCUUCCUCCACGUUUUCCUCAACGGAACGAAGGACGAUUUCAAACAAUCGACCCUUUAUUUGGAGAAAACAACAGGGUUGCCGUCGGCAACGUUACGAAAGCGCAACCUUUGGGAGAUCCUUAAGCAACUGUUGCUCAACUUCCACGAAAAACGCGAUAAGGUCGUGUUGGCGCUGCGUUUCCUGGCCAAUGAGGACGCAGAAACGCGAACAGAUGACGUUCGCGAGUACCUACAGCCGCGCCUUUUGGGCCUUUUGCAGCACUUUGAUUUCAAACUAAUGGCCAAGAACACCAAUCGCAAGGACGCGAUUUUGCUCAGCUUGGCCGAUUUUCUCACGUUUUUGGGCGCGAGUUAUGUGACGCCGCUCCGGUUCAAGGUUAUUGCAAUGCUGCGAACGGCCGAUUGCGGGGACUUCCCCGACUUGAACUGCGACGUUUGGGACGCUUUUAUCCGAAGCUGCGAAGUCGGAACGCUGGCUUCGCAGUUGGCCACGAUUUUCGUCUCGUUGUUGCCUUUAAUCAACUCAUGCCCCAACAAAAUCAACAACAUCUUCAAGUUUCUCGUUGUCGAGAACGAGACGCAAGCCAGGGAUUCGAUCAAGGAUUUGUUCUUUGUUGACGAUCCGAAAGUCGAUGCUUUGGUCGUGCAGACGAUACGGAAGUACGUCCGAAAGUUCGACGAUUGCGGGCUGAAGGAGAAAAUACGGAUUUUCCUCAAGUAUUUGACGCACGAAACGGUCGAAGUGCGGGUGAGGAGUUUGAAGCAGUUGAAGCGUUUGAUGGAGAAAAACCGGGAGGAGUUGGACCAGAUGAUACUGGGGUAUAAUGGGAUUGAUCCGAUUAUUGUCGAGUUGAUUGAAAUUUUGACGUUGGGGUGCCGGGAGAAGGACCCCGUGCUUAAAUUGGCGUGUGGGGAGGUUAUUGGGGAGUUGGGGGCUGUUGAACCCGCACAUCUUCCGCGAAAGUACGCCCAGAAUGGGCGCUUCUUCACGUUUUUUAUGGACGAUGAUGGGUUUAUUACUAAUGCGUUGAGUGAGCUCACGAGGGCGCUACAAGGAGAGAAAAACACAGUUAACAUGGACCGCUUCGCGGUCGCAAUUCAGGAAAUCCUGAAGAAUCACGACAUUUCGUCAGACGAGUCAAGUGCUCGGAACGACUUAUGGAAACAAUUCCCCGAAAGUCAGCAGGAAUUAAUGUUGCCUUUGUUAACCUCGCGCUAUAUCGUGUCAGAAAUGCAAGAGAUGGACUUCCCGAGCCCGAUUUACGGCAGUCCGGAGGGUUCCACCUUCCAAACGUGGCUUUACAAUUGGACCCGAAGUCUCAUCAUGACAUUGCCUCAAACGAACCAAACUGUUUUAAUCCCGUGCCUCCCUGCCAUGAAGCAGGACAACCGCAUUUUGAUGCUGUUCCUGCCCCACAUCCUCCUGCAUUGCAUAGUUGGCGAUUCGGAGCGAAAUCUCGAAAAGGCCUACGCCGAAAUUAAGGCAGUUGUUGGGGCAAAACGCAGUGAUUUUUUUCAGCUUCGACCGAUUCCAUCGGCGAAUUGUGGCGGCCCAACGCUCGAAAAAGACAUAAAGACGCAAUGUACGAAAGUUGUGUUCGUCGUUUUGGAUUUUUUGGAUCGGUGGACGCGCGAAUGGCAAUGGAGUAAAGGUUCAACGGCGAGGAGUGAUCCGAAUUUUGUCAAAAUUAAGAGUUUUGUGGGGAAGUUUUGCAAUUUGGAGUUGGCCGUUUGUAAUUUUUAUUGCGGGGAGUACCCGAGGGCCUUGAAGUAUUUGGAGGAUUACGUGGCGGAAAAUCCGGGCGAAAUUUCGCGGCAGUUGACUUUCCUGGCAGAGAUUUACGCCCAAUUGGACGAACCCGACGGCGUAGCCGGCGUCACAGCUCUCCAACCCACCGAGCCCCCGAUCGAACAGCGCAUUCUCUCGCUCGAAGUCUCCGGGAAGCUUUCCGACGCGGCCGCUUGCUACGAACACGUCCCCCAGAUGAAGCUCCACCACCUCAAAAGCCUCAUCCAGUGCUACCUGGACCUGGACAACGUCCACACCGCCCUGCACGUCGCCCAAGGCGCCCUCAACCGCCAACCCGAGUUCGGAAACAUGCUCCUCGAACUCCAAGCCGAGCCCUUGUGGCGCCUCGGCCAGUACGACGACCUCGCAACGCUCCUAAACCGCCCCCAAAUGACCCAAAACAACUCCUGGGGCGUCACGAUCGGACGAGCUUUACUCGCGUUCCAAAACCAAGACCGCCAGGCUUUUGACACAAUAAUCGAAGACAUGAAGAGCCAACAAGUGGAUUUUUUGGGGGCUGCCAGUGUGGAAGAAGGGGCCUAUCAGCACGGUUAUUGUUACAUCAGUCGGCUGCACGCCCUCAAUGAGUUACAACAAGUCGAAAAAACCACCUAUGAAAUACUCGCCAAAGCAGAUAAUUGCGAUUUUGUUCGUCGGGUGAUUGAAAACUUGGCGAAAGAAUGGGAGUUGAGGAUCAAAGUCGUGCAAGAAUCGGUGCGCAUAAUCGAGCCGCUUUUGUGUCUCCGAAGAGUGGCAAUCGAACAGUCGAAACGUUUGGUUGAGGAUCGAGUCGCUGUGGCCGUCCCGAUGCUCAAUUCUUUGUUGGGCGAGUGUUGGUUGUUGAGUGCACAGACGGCUAGAUCGGCUGGGGUGCACCAGCAAGGGUUCACACAUACGCUCAAAGCAGAGGAGUACAACCCGGCAAGUUUGUUCGUUGAAAAAAGCAAAUUGCAUUGGUGUAGAGAGGAGCAUGAGCAGGCAUUGACGACGUUACGACGGGGCUUGGAGAUUUUACUGCCCGAUAAUUCGAAGGAGGCGAUCGCUGCGUUGUCAAUUGAGAAGAGGAAGAUUUGUGCCGAAGCGAAAUUGUUGAUUGCGUGUUACAAUGAUUCCGUUUCGAAUGUCGAUACUGAUAUUAAAACGGCGAAUUAUCGGGAGGCUAGUGAGGUGUACAAGGAGUGGGAAACGGGGCUGGUGAAACUGGCUCAGUUUUACGACCGUCGCUUCGAAAACCUCUCACCCGAAGAGCGCGACAGCAGCAAAGGCAGCGAAAUGCAAAUUUGGAUGAUCAAUUGCUUUUGCAAAUCGCUACGUUACGGCACGGCUUUCGUCUACCAAUCAAUGCCGCGCUUACUAUCAAUUUGGUUCGAUUACGGCACGCGCCUUUUGGACGUUUCCGACGCAAAAACCCGCGAAGAACGCAAGACCAAUCUGAUCAAAAUGACAAAACUCAUCGACUACGCGCUCGAAAACCUCCCAACCUACGUGUUCUUGACCGCUUUCUCGCAGAUUAUUUCGCGCAUUUGCCAUCCACAGAAAGAAGUUUACGUCGAAUUAAAGUCGAUAAUAAUUAAGCUGUUGCUCGAUUAUCCCCAGCACAGUCUCUGGAUGAUCAUCUCCGUGAUCAAGUCGAGUUACAAAGUGCGCGCGCGGCGUUGUGUCGAGAUUUUCAGCGAUUCCAAGUUGAAAAGUGCGACAAUGUUAAAACUGGUCAAUGAUUUUACGAGUUUGGCCGAAAAACUGAUCGAAUUGUGUAACAAAAGCGUGCCACAGGACGUUGAAACGACGACUGUUAGUGCCUUGUUACGGGCGCUCCCCCGAAUGUUGGCCAAGCCAGAAUUUAGCGAAAUUAUGAUCCCUACGCACAAGUUUCGGAAGUUGGUGCUCCCGAAUCCAGAUUUUUCCAACACGCAACACAAUCCCUUCCCGAAUCAUUACGUGCAUAUUGUGGGGAUUGACGAGGAAGUGACGCUUUUGAGGAGUUUGCAGCGGCCGAGGAAAAUCACGCUGCGGGGAUCGGACGGGAAAGGUUAUAUUCAGAUGUUGAAGCCGAAGGACGACCUCCGCAAAGACUUCCGCUUGAUGGAAUUCAACGAUAUUGUGAACCAAUUACUGUCACGUGAGCCCGAAUCGAGACAAAGGCGGCUCAAUAUAAGACUAUACUCCGUUUCGCCCCUCAAUGAGGAAUGUGGUUUAAUCGAAUGGGUCCCGAACCUGGUGGGCUUGAGGCCCAUUUUGCAAUGUUUGUACAAGCAACGUGGGGGCGCAAUGACCAACAAGGAGCUCCGCGACGCCAGCUGCAAUAUCCGGGACCCCCUUACGAAAAAACGCGACGUUUUCAUCAAAAUUCUCCUGCCGAAGCACCCUCCCGUCUUAGGGGACUGGUUCCGGAAGGCGUUUCCGGACCCCCAGAGCUGGUUUUUCGCCCGGACUGCGUACAUAAGGACUACGGCGGUUAUGUCAAUGGUGGGGUAUAUUCUAGGGUUGGGCGACCGACACGGUGAAAAUAUCCUUCUGGACUCGACAUGUGGUGAUACGGUGCAUGUCGAUUUCAAUUGUCUUUUCAACAAAGGGGAGAGUUUUGAGUGGCCGGAGAGGGUGCCCUUCAGAUUGACGCAAAAUAUGGUGGCUGCGAUGGGGCCACUGGGGGUUGAAGGAGUGUUUCGGAAGUCGUGUGCCUGCACUUUGAGGGUUUUAAGGACAAAUGCUAAUACUUUAAUGUCGAUUGUGACCCCCUUUGUGUACGAUCCGCUCGUGUCGUGGCCCCAUGCAGCCAAUCACAAUACAGCGGAGAAAACAAAUGAACAGGCCCUAGACCAUGUCAAAAACAUCCAACUGAGGUUGCAAGGAAUUAUCGUGAAAACGAAGGACCGCUCAUUGUCAAUACCUUUAUCAGUCGACGGACAAACGAAUAGUUUAAUAAAUGAAGCGAAGAAUAUCGAUAAUUUGUGCCAAAUGUACAUAGGCUGGGGUCCUUACCUCUAAGAAAGAGCAACUGUAUUUUUCAAUGUUUUUCUAUUUAUCGCUCAGAACGACCUUAAUUCUCACAUAAUUAUGAAACGUUCUUUGUAAAUCAA